AUGGGAGCGACGCAUUGCUCAGAGUGCCCUCCCGAGAAACGGAUGUCGCGACUGGCUCUUCAGAUGUGCUGCUCACGAUGCAGUUCUUUUCUUUGUCUAAGCCAUAUGAAGAAACAUCUUCGGGAAAACGCACACGAAUUUGGUAACAUUGUAGGUGUCAAUCUUAUUCUUUGUAGAAAACAAAAUCUGCUUUUAGCCAUGUCGAUUGAAACGGGUUUUGUAUAUUGUGCUUGCUGCUCAGAUUUCGUUUACAAUCGUGUUCUAGAAGUCAUGCGGCUCGGAGCAAUGAAUAAGUAUAGGUUAGGAUUAUGUAAGUUGGUAUCGUGGAACCCAACUGAUGCUGAUAUUAAGGCCUGGGAUAUGAUGACCAGAAUAGGAAAACAUGCCCAGUUACGUGGUCUUCUAAAUAUGGGUUCAACCUGCUAUAUGAAUAGUGUGCUACAGGCUCUUGUGCAUACUCCCGUUUUAAGAGAUUAUUUUCUUUCGGAUCAACACAGUUGUCAACGAUCUCCUGGCACAUGUCUCAUGUGCACCAUGCAUCAGCUAAUGCAGGUAAUUUCCCAAAAAAAAAAUCUGGUUUACCUUAUUUGA